AGGGAUUAUUAUUAUUAGUGAUUAGUUGCAUCACUAGAUAACACUUUCCUGUUACUUGGCUAAAAUUAGCCUGCUAUAUAAAGGUGAAUUAUUUUACACGGAAGCUUCUUUUUAUCAUUCCAGUCAGCAUUACAUACAAGAUCUGAAACAACAAUAUGCUGGGCUGGGCGCUUCUUCCUGGUGCUGGGCUGCUGAGUCCUUGGUGUUUUAGCUGGGAUUUUUGUGCUGUGUCUUGAUUUAGAAGCACUGUGUUUACUGUUCAUUGGUUGCCAUAGUUCCAAGAGUUUCUCACAGUCAAUAGAAGAGAGAUUUCUGAGAAAGCCAUUUAACUGAUAACCUUAGUCUGGUGCUUGGCACAUAGCACUCACUGACCAUAUUUUGUGAUUCUCUGUAGUAACUGAGAUACAUUUCCCUCUCUGGAACAAAUCCUGGUCUCUCUAUUAUUAGCACUAUGUGUUUAACAAUAGCAGUUAUACAUGGGGGAUCAUUUCCCGUGUGGGUCAGGAGACUCUUCUUAGUUUGCACUUAUUCUAGACACCUGUCAGGGGUUAUAAUUUAUCUUUGCUUUAUUUGAUAAAGACCUUUCUUAUCUUUCUGCGUCAAAGACACAUACAGGAACUGAUUGAACAAGCAAACAUCCCCAAUCACUUUCUCUUCCCACCCCAUUGAGUUUAUUUUGCCAGUAGCCUCCUGCUGCCAGCAGCUGAGGACUUUGGAUUUUUUUUCAUCUCCCAGCACAUCUCUGUGGGCAAAGAGAAAAAUCUAAAAGGUCUGGAAACUGCAGCAGACUGAUGGCGGCUUGAAGAACAGAGUAUGGACAUUAGAAGAGAACAACCUAUCUCUUGAAGAAUCAGCCAAGAGUUAAAGGCACCAGGUCUUAAUUUUUUUUCUGCUGAAACCCUAGAAAGCAUUGGGUCCUGCUCUUUCAGUCCAGACUUCAGCUGCACAUUUCCUUCCAGCUUGGCUUUCUCUGUGGUGGAGUCAGUGUAGACUGUGAAGUCAGUUACACCUCUUGGAGCCAAUGUGUCUCCCAUCCUUAUCUCCUAAGGAAGAUGAGCCACUUCUUGUAUGCAGCGUUACAUUUUCUCCUGGGCUUCUUCAUCCCCUCAGCCAACCUGCUGGUAAUUGUGGUUGUCUACAAACUAAUGAAGAAGAAGCAGGGCAGAAGCUACAUCUUCAUCCUUAACCUGGCUGCUGCAGACCUGCUGGUGGGAGUGAUGUGCAUUGCAGAGGCACUGGAUGAUAUCCUGGAUGGAGACUUUGACAAGAAUUUAUCCUUUUGUCUCUUGCGGAUCUGCAUGAGCAUGACACCUUGCAUUGGCUCCAUUCUCACCUUGCUCUUGAUUUCCCUGGAUAGAUACUUGGCAGUGAAGCUUCCCCUUUAUUAUCCUACCCUCUUGAACAAAAAACCCAUCAUCUUCUCUCUUGCCAUUCUGUGGGCCGUCUCCAUUUUGUUUGGGCACAUGCCUUUGAUUUCUCCCUCCCUGCAGCAAAGCAACUACACGGGCUACUGUGGGCUCCUGUAUGCAGCCAAGAGUGACUACCUGUAUGUGACCUGCUUUGGGAUCUUCAUCCCUUCCUUGUUGGUCAUGAUCUGCCUGCACAUCUCAGUCGGGAGGAUUGCCUACUCACAGCACAAGCGAAUCUGGCGCACCUGCCUGCAAACAGAACCCCUCACCGCUCACCUCCGCCAUUUCAAGGCACUGCGGACAGUACUUAUAAUGAUUGUCGGCUUCACCAUCUGCUGGGGACCUUAUUACCUGGCAGGCUUUGUGCAAGCUACUUGUGACUCCUGCAACCUGGCUGACCCGAUAACGGAUGUCUUAUUCCUGCUGGGAGAAAUCAACUCCCUCAUCAACCCCCUCAUCUAUGCUCUGUACUGCAAAGAUAUAAGAAGCCAGCUGCCCAAACUGAUGUGCAAGAAGAAAGGCCAAGUAAAGCCUCUGGCUGUGGUUCACUUUAAUAUCCAAGCCCUUGAUGGUUUAUCCAAUGGGGAGGCUAAGAGACCCAAUUUAUCUGAGGUUCAAGUCCCCAAUACUACUUUCUUCAACAGUUCUAGUCACUGCAAAAUCGUCUUCUCAGUGUCAUGAUCCAAAGCAGAAGAGCAGCUCUGCAUGAACCACCAGUGAAGUGGAAUGUGAGACUGACAGUUUUCUAGCAUAACAAUCAACCAACCACCUGGACUUGGAGCACGUUGACUGGUAUCCAGAUUUACUACUUUCCCUUUUGUCCUCCUCUGUGUAAAAGGUAGCUGAGCUGGCUGGUGGGGGGAAAAAAAUCAAAACUUUGUCAAAAAAUGGAGGGGGUAUUGGUGUUUUAAAAUAGCCUGUAACAGUUCUGUUUGGACAACUAAACUCUGCAAUAUUUUACCACCAGUGUUAUAAACCUCAACAUGCCCUGAACCACUGUCCACUCUUGCUCAGACCUGGGUAAAUCAGGAGUAACUCCUUUUUGAAGUUAUGUAUUCAUCAGGAGCAGUUACGCAUAGGAUCAUUUCCUGUGUGGGCCAGAGAGACUCUAUUUGCACUUCUUUAGAAACCCAGUGGCAGCAGGUUAUUACUUUAUCUUUACUUUGUUUGGUGAAGUCCUUUCGUAUCUUCCUGUGCCAGCCACAUUCUGUGAAUGAGUGAACCUGUCAUCCUACCCAGCUGUUGUCUGUUACCAAGUUAAAAUGAGGUCAGGCUCUGUAUCAAAAUAUAUUGUGCAGUAGCUAAACAACACAAUUCUGCUUUACCAUAUGUAAAUAUAUUUUCCUGAGCUUUUAAAAUAUAGCGGUGGUCAGAGGGCAGCGGCCAAAAGUUGCGGCCACCUAUCUAGUGACUGACUGAUGGUUUAUGUGGCUUCAGCCACAUAGUGCUCAGUGGAUUGGUGGUCCAUAUCACACAUGCCACCAUAAAGAACGCCAUUUGGCAAUCUUAGCAGUGGGGGCAAGGAUCAGGUGGGUAUGGAGCGUGAACCAUCCCUAUAAGAAAUCCCUCCUAGUUAGGGGUAGGAAUGCACUUGAAGGACAAAAUGGGAGAGCCUGCACUGUUGCUACUGGUGUGCAGAGAAUGUGGUUAAGGCACUGGAUUGGAACUUGGGAGAGCUGAAUUCAGUUCCUUGCUCUUUCACUGACAUUUUGUGUAUGAGAGAUCUUGGUCAAGUCACUUAGUCUCUCUGUGCCUCGUUCCCCAGCUGUAAAAUGGGGAUAUUAAUGCUUCCCUUCUGCAUGCCGGUGAUAGGGGUGUGAAGAUAAGUCCAUAAAAUCCUUGUGUGGGCUCAGCUGCUACAGUGAAGAGGGCACAAAACAAACCAGACAUCUAGCCCCUGCCCAACUUUUCUCUUUUUAACACAAGGUGAGUGUAAUUCCUAUUCAAUACAGCACAUGAGCUCUGUCAGGAACAGUUAUGUGCUCCUCUCUGUUAGUACUGGUGUUAACUAGUCACAACCUUAAACAUACACUGUAUUGUUUGCACACAUCCUUCUAGUGGUGAUUUAACACUAAAUAUACUAUUUAUUCUUGUAUAGGCUACACACACACUGGAAUUUUACAUUUCUGAAAAUGAUUAAAAACAAUAUUUUUGUAGUUGGGGGGGUUCUUUUUUUAAAUACAGGUCAAAUGGUUCUACUCUCAACCACUAUGAGCAAAGGCAGCAUCUCUGACUCAUGCCCGAAUAGUGCAUGUUUUGGACACAGUUAACAUAAAUCAGUGCAUUCCGAAGGGCAUCAUUCCACUACCACUUACCACUAGGUAUAAUUCAUGAAUAAUCACACUCAUCUUAGUGGGACUACUAAAGGUAGAAAGCACAGUCUUUGGUGGCAGGUGGGUUACUGGCCUCCUGGAUAGGUUUUGAAGUAAGAGAAGGAAAAAAGAGCUGUCCUUAAAUUCAACCUACUGUAUAUGAUUCCUAUAAGCUACUUUUUAAAAAUGUGUAUAAACAAUGCAAUUCUUCAGUACACACACAGCUGCAAA